AAUCAAUCGUCUCCUGUUGAUCAAAAAAAAAAAAAUCAAUCGUCUCCUUUCAUCUUCUUUUCCAAUCUUCGUUACACAUAAUCAAUCGUUCACUUUAAUUCCAUCUUGAUGAUUUCCUUUGGCCUCCUCUCUUUCUCAUUCUUUUUUAGUUUUUUUAAAGUCCUUAUUAGAUCCAUCAUCCAGUGUCGCAUCUGCUACCCAUUCAGUGGCCUCAGCCUCAAAACGAAGAGAUUCUACUCGCCAUGGAAGAAGUUGAGUUCAAAGAAAAGUUUAUGUUUGUUGUUAGGUUCGACAACUACGGCAAGUACGGGCUUCUGUGCGGUGCAGACGGGCCAGCACACCUGAUAGUGAACAGAGACCGGAGACCAGAGGCAUUGGGGAGAGUUUAAAACACCAGGAAUUUUUUUCAUGUACAUCGCGGGAUGGAUCGGGUGGGUGAGGAGAAACUACUUGAUAGCGAUUAGUGACGAGAAGAAACCAGCGAUGAAAGAGAUCAUCAUUGAUGUACAAUUCUCUUACAGACUCAAACCGAAGCUGUCAAUCUUCUCUACGGUGCCAAAACCCAGUCGAAUCCGGAGAACAGUGUGGGGAUCUUGACAAUGGCAGGAGGCAUCAAUUUUACUGUCUUUUGACCCCUCGAUGUUGGAGAGUUUAAUUUGACAACAGCGAUCCAGAUUGCUCAGCUUGCUCUUAAAAAUUGCCAAAAUAAGAAUCAGCGCCAAAGUAUUAUUGUUUUCGCUGGAAGGACUGGAAACAAGCAGGGAGCAUGGGAGGGGAUGAGCCUUAACAGAGGAGAAGAACAGCUGAGGUGCAGUGACAACAUCACUGGAUUCUGCCUCCUCGAGAGUGGAUCAAAUGCAACACUGAUGGAUCUUUUCUUGAUGAAGAGCUCUCACUUUUGGACGUCAUUAAAAGCCAGGCUAGAAGAGCAACCAAAGUGGUCCUCCUCCUGCUUACCCCAUGCACGAUGUACCUUAUCAUCCACCUCCUUUUCCACCUAUGUCGUAUCCCACUGGUCCUGAUUUUCCAUAUGCUCUUUAUCCUCCUUACCCAAUUCCUGGAGCUCCUGUUGCAGAGUCUGGCAACGAGAAGCCAGUGCAAGCAUCCCCUCUUCCACCACCUCCUCCUCAAGGAUAUCCUAGACAGCAUCAGAGGGGUUACGGCCCAAGAAACAUGCCGCAUGGAGCUGGACCUAGGGACUUUGUGAGACCUCCGUAUAUGGGGCAAGGUCCUGGGUUCAUGGUUGGUCCAGGUCCUGGUUUUCCCGGUCCUGUGUACUACUUCCCGGUUCCACCCCCUGGAGCUAUAAGAGGCUACCCUCCACGCUUUGGUCCGCACCCUGGUAACCAGGGUCCUCAAGCUCUUGACGAAAACCUUCAGAAUGAUCAGUACCUCAUUUCCUUAAUGGAUGAACAAGGAUGGGUUCCCAUCAAAAUCAUAGAUGACUUCAAAAGGGUUAAGAUGAUGAACAUGGAUGUAGAGUUUAUAGCAAAGAUAACUUUAAAAACUCUUCAAAGCAUACUGUUCUCGAGGGAGAUCAAAUGGUGGUCGACUAAGUUUGAAGCAAUUUCAUUCUGAUGGACUAAGAGGGAGGCAAACAAAGUAGCAGAUCAGUUACCAACUACUAGGCCUUUAGACAAUUCUUUUAAAUUUCAUUACCAUGUAUCACAAUAUAUCACUAAUCUUCUUCAUGAAGAUCAUGCAUGUGCUCUUGACUGCAUAUAGUAAUAAUAAACAUAGAGGUUAUAAAAAAUAAAAUUUAUAUUUUUCAA